AUGAGGGAAACAUUCCUUUUUAUCUUUGUCAUCGCCGUCAUUCCACAGUGGGCGCUCAGCGAGGGUAGUGAGACCGCAGUGAUUAUUUCACCCAAAAACAGCCCCCUCAGAAAGGCUUUGGCCAUGUAUUCCCUCCCAGUCCCCCUCAUCCCAACUCUGCUACACGUUCUAGUCCUUACAUACGUAAGUGGUGGGGCGUACUAUGGACACAAACAACAUCCCCAACCAUACCAGCAAAUGCAGCACCUCCAGCACAUGGGAAUGGGAAAAGGAGGCUUUCCUCAGCAACAGUACCACGGCAAAGAGGUUCCGUAUAUGCAGUAUCCCCACUAUAGGAAAGAGCUCCCCCAGAUGCCCAUGCUAAAAGGAAAAGAAAACACUCGUAAAGGGGGCAACUUUAACGGUGGCCAUGACAAAGGUCAGACAAUCACUCAAGGUGUAGAGGGACUUCCCCAAGGAGAACCAGGUCCGGCUGGGCCCCCUGGACCUGAUGGGCCUCCAGGACCUCCUGGACCUCCAGGGAAUGGACAGCCAGGUCCUGCAGGACGACCUGGACCCCCAGGUCCGCCUGGAAUACUUGGAGUAGGGAAACCAGGUUUGCCAGGAUUGCCAGGAAAACCAGGGGGAAAUGGUGAAGCUGGACCUCAAGGAGAAAUGGGUGCCAGGGGUGAAGAUGGGCCACCUGGUCAGCCAGGUCCUCAGGGUCCCCCGGGUCCACCUGGACUUCCAGGAAUAGGUAAACCAGGGGCCAACCAGGGUCUAAAGGAGAGCCAGGUCACAAGGGCUUGCCUGGUUUACCGGGAUUACCAGGACCCAAAGGAGACAAAGGCAUGGGACUUCCGGGACUACCUGGUCAUAAAGGGCUCCCAGGGCUCCCUGGACCUGCGGGCCCAAGAGGGCUCCCUGGUUUUGGGAAACCAGGAUUAA